AAAUUGGAUGAGGAAAUGUGGUCGCGGUUGUGGAGAAUUUUGUUUAGUGGAGGGGGUCGCGGAAUGCGGGGAUCGAUUCUCGGCCGUCGUCGGCGUCCGUUCGCUACUCGCCACUCGCCAGUCGAGAGCAAAAUGGCCGACGGAUCGCUUCGUGGCCGCAACCGCCGUCGCGUCCUUUCAAAACGAUAAGGACAAAAACAAAACAGAAAAAAGACAAACAAAUCAAAACGACAGUUAUAUGUUUUCAAGGCGGCGUAAACCGUCGUCAGAAGUGAGAAAUGAUCUUACCGCCGGUCUUUCUCGGUCUGGUCGUCGGCUGCGGCGCCUAUCUGAUCGCCCUGAGCGCGGAAGACGAGCCGGGCCUGGUUUUCGACGGCGGCCUCCCGGGCGGCCGGUCCUAUGCGAUCAACGCGGAGAAGAGUGCCGUGUUCGUCAGAAGGCUGCUCCACGUGGAGAAGCACACGGGAAAAGUGGUACUGAGGAGGAAAGUGGAGUGCGGUGGAUUGAGGUAUCCGGACCUGUUUACUAUAUACCUUGACUCUUACUCAAACACCAGUUUGGAUUACGUUUCUGUGCCUUUGAGAGUGCUCAUCAGAGGAUGCGCCCGGCUCAUCUCAUUUCAAGAUGGCAUGGUGGUGAACAAGGCUGAAGAAAGGAUUGCCGAGGCGAAAAAUUGGCCAUGCGAGACCAUAGCUUCUUUCGCUUUUCCCAUCUACAGGGAUACAAAUGGAGUGACGAAGGAGGUGUGUCUGAAGGCUUCACAACAGCUCGGCCACCUCCAUUCAUUGAUACCAUCAACCGUCCGCAGUUCAUGCAGCGUCGACUUCAGCAGCCCGGAUGACCCUCGGUUUGCUGUCGAAGGUCGCAACGGCGACUUGGUCGUCGGACGUUCUGACAUCUGUGUUGACCAGUCCGGAACGACGACAGUCACAGUCCCAAUCGCAUACACAUGUUCAGGCAAGGUGCCGAUCAUCUCGCCCGGCCAUAGCGAGUUAAAGGUUUCGAUUUGGUUCAAACCGGCGGAGUUGAUGUUCGACACGGGUAGAGUGAGAAGGACGCUACGACUAGGUGAGUCGACUUUCGAUAAGCCUUUGUAUGUUGCGACGGUCUUGGAAGAGCAGGCUCCCGGGGUCGAAGUAUGCACCAUAGCUAUAUCACACCCUGGUACUAGGUACAGCAUGGUCUCUUUGCUCGAUGCCAGGUCGUCUGCAUUAUUCACCAUAGGCUCUAAUGAUGGUAUCGUCACAACGACUGCAAGGCUCGACCGUGAGAUGAUGGAUGUACAUUAUUUCCGGAUAACGGCCAUGUUCGAGGACGGUGGUGCUGUACAAAGCCGUUCGGCAACCACAACACUCCAGGUCAACGUGGGCGAUGUCAACGACCACGCGCCACAGUUUGAAGGGGCAAAUCUAGGCGGAGGGGUGAGCAACACGGAAGCGAGCCUGAGCGAGAGUUCCCCGAUUGGAACAGUCGUCGCCCAGCUGCGAGCGACCGACCUAGACAUCGGUAUAAACUCGCAGAUCGAAUAUGCUUUGGUCGAUGUCGAAUCGGGAGGUCUUGACACGGGCGAAGGCGUAUUUUCAAUCGAUCCGCAAACCGGUUUAGUCACGACGCGCCAGCCCCUCGAUAGAGAGACGACUGAAGUGUAUACGAUCGUCGCUCAAGCCAGCGAUUCGGCGCAGCCUCUCGCGUCGCGUCUCACCUCCACCGUGAGCCUCGUCGUCAGGGUCAAAGAUGAAAAUGAUAACUACCCACAGUUUGGCGAAAGGACGAUCACCGUCGAACUUCCGGAAGAGGAAAAGACAAGCUUUUCCAACCCAGUUGUCGCCCAUAUCAAAGCUACAGACGCCGAUGCAGGACCGAAUGGCGCAUUGCGUUAUGCCAUCAUCGGAGGCAACACGCAAGGUCAAUUCGCCAUCGAUUCACAAAACGGUGAACUCACUCUCGUUAAACCUCUCGACUACGAGGCAGUACGGAGCUACAGACUAGUCAUCAGGGCGCAAGAUGGUGGUUCGCCAGGGAAAUCCAACACGACACAAGUUCUUGUCAACGUUAAAGAUUACAACGACAACGCACCGAGGUUUUACACGUCUCUUUUUCAAGAAUCCGUAUCGGAAAAUGUCCCCGUCGGUUUUUCAAUCGUUAGGGUGCAAGCAUAUGAUGGUGACGAGGGGGAAAAUUCGGAGAUCGAGUACAGGAUCUCGUCUCACUUCAAUCCAGGUAAUCUGCCCGUCUCAGUCGAUCCGGUGAGCGGUUGGCUCUACACGAACAAACACCUCGACCGAGAGGCCGAGCCGAAGCUCCAUUUCGAAGUGCUCGCCGUUGACCACGGAACGCCUAGCAAGACAGGCACGGCGACUGUAUCCGUCGACAUACAGGACACGAACGACAACGACCCAGUCUUCAGCCCGAAGGAGUACUCAGCAAAUCUUCAGGAGGACAUCGCUCCUGGCACGUCAGUUGUCGCUGUACAUGCGACCGACCCUGAUGAAAACCCGAGGCUUCAUUACGAGAUUUCAAGUGGAAAUACGAGGGGGAGGUUUGCAAUUACGACCCAGAAUGGGCGAGGUCUCAUAACAGUGGCACAACCUUUGGACUACAAGCAGGAAAAACGUUUUGUCCUCAUUGUCAGGGCGACGGAUUCAGGCGGCAGGUACGACUCUGCUAACGUCUAUCUGAAUAUAACAGAUGCGAAUACAUUCGCACCGCUCUUUGACAAUGCGCCGUACUCAUCAACAAUACCAGAAGAUGCCAAAGUUGGCACGACGGUACUCGUCGUGUCGGCCACGGACGGCGACACGGGUGUAAAUGCGCAGAUAACAUACAGCCUUACAUCUGAAACGGAUCAUUUUACCAUCAACGCUGACACUGGUGCUGUUAUAACUACAGAUACACUUGACCGUGAGACCACUUCCGGUUACCUUCUUAGCGUCACAGCCCGAGACAAUGGAACACCUCAGUUGUCAGACACGACGGAUGUAGAAAUAACGGUGACGGAUGUCAACGACAACGCUCCGAAAUUUUUACAAGAAGGUUACACAGUGUCUAUAUCGGAGGACGUCCCGAUAGGUACGAGUGUGAUACAAGUGUCGGCUACAGAUUCGGAUGUCGGGUUGAACGGGCGUGUUCGCUAUAGCCUUGAAGAAACUGACACAUUUAUCAUGGAGCCGAUUACAGGCGUCGUACGCGUAAACAGAGCUUUAGACAGGGAAAGCGUCGCUUCUUACAAACUCGUUGUUAUCGCUUCAGACCGAGCUACACCACCUUUAUCGUCGUCCGUUGUUAUAACUAUCAACAUUGAAGAUGUCAAUGAUUCCCCGCCGACCUUCUCCUCCGACAGGCUCACACUAUACAUACCGGAGAAUUCGCCUGUUGGAUCGACCGUCGGUGAAAUCUAUGCUUCCGACCCUGAUGUAGGGAUUAAUGCGAUCGUACAGUAUUCGAUUAUCGGCGGUGAUGACGCGUCGAGCUUUUCGCUGCAGAGAAGGGCUGGUUCAGACCGCGCUGAAUUGAUCACACUCACGGAACUGGACUAUGAAAGUGACAAAAAGGAAUACCAGAUUGUCAUCAGGGCCACUUCGGCUCCUCUGCGUUCCGACGCCAGAUUGACCGUCGUUGUAACUGAUGUCAACGACAACGCGCCUAUUCUGCCAGACUUUCAGGUGAUUUUUAACAAUUUCCGGGAGUGUUUUCCAUCAGGGCCUAUUGGCAAGAUCCCUGCUACAGAUGCGGAUGUCACAGACAAGCUAAGGUAUAGAUUGAUCUCGGGUAAUAACGCCCAUCUGGUAUCGCUCAACGAAAGUACGGGAGAGUUGACUCUCUCCCCUCAGCUCAACACCAACGUACCGAAAGUCGCUACAAUGGAAGUUUCUGUCUCUGAUGGCGUUAAUGAAGUGAAAGCCUGGAUGGAACUGACGGUGCGUCUUAUAACUGACGACAUGCUCAUGAACUCGGUGACGGUCCGCCUUGCCGAGAUGACCGUCGAUGCAUUUCUAUCGCCGUUGUAUAGCUACUUCAUCGAGGCGAUCGCUGCAAUCAUACCGUGCCCUAAGCAUAAUGUGUAUGUAUUCAGCGCGCAGGAUGACCCGGAUGUCGGCGAUACAAGGAUACUCAACGUCAGCUUUUCAGUCCGACAGCCCGAAGGGUACAUGCUCCCGGCUCAGUUGCUCCAAGAGCGCGUACACCUCAAUCGGGCCCUACUCAACAAGCUUUCAACUCUUCAGGUCUUGCAAUUCGAUGACAACCUGUGCGUAAGAGAGCCAUGCUUGAAUUUUGAGGAGUGCAUCACAAUACUCAAGUUCGGAAAUGCGUCCGGCUUUGUCGCAAGCGAGACGAUGCUUUUCAGGCCUAUUUAUCCGGUCACGACGUUCGCCUGCCGUUGCCCAAAAGGGUUUAUCGGAAAAAAGGAACAUUAUUUGUGCGACACAGAAGUCAAUCUUUGCUACUCGAACCCAUGCAAGAACGGUGGUGAAUGCUUCCAGGCUGAAGGUGGCUUCACGUGCCUCUGCAAACCUGGAUUUUCAGGUGAAACGUGUGAAACCGACUUGACAGAGAGUUGUAAAGACGGCUGCCCGGACGGUUCGACCUGCUCGCCGCUCGAAUCUGGUGGUUACACGUGUGAGUCUUGCGCUCAAGCCGGCGGCAGCUUCAGGAACUACGGCAGGUCUUGCGAAGCGAGGGCGCGUUCAUUUUAUCCAGGCUCUUACCUCACUUUCCAGCCUAUAAGACAACGCAACAGGAUGCUUAUUUCUUUAAAGUUCAGCACAGUUGAGAGUCAUGGACUUCUCCUUUAUAACGGAAGGUAUAAUCUAAGACAUGAUUUCAUUGCUUUGGAACUUCAGUUCGGGAACUCGAUGCAGUUUUCGUUUUCGCUUGGUUCUAAAUUGACGACGGUGAUCGCGACUUCAAAUGAACCGCUCAAUGACGGCAACUGGCACACAGUGACGGUAUUUUAUUAUAAUAAGACUGCGACUAUAUCUCUGGACGACUGCGAUACAGCCGUCGCUAUCAAGUUCAGGGACAGGCUCAAUAUGACGUGCGCCGCGAGGGAGACGCAUCAGCUCGAGAGUCGUUGUGCCAUUGUGACAGAAAGCUGCCACCGUUUCCUCGAUCUCACCGGGCCUUUGCAUCUCGGAGGCCUACCGCCUGGCGUCAUACACCCGUACCUCGAGCAGAAGUCGUUCGCCGGCUGUAUAGCCGACGUACACAUCGACAAAAAGCUCGUCGAUCUCAACAAGUUCGUCGGGAACAAUGGUACGAAAGUUGGCUGCGUCGAGAGGGACAAUUUUUGUUCGUCGUCGCCUUGUAAGAAUGGCGGGACGUGUCGAGACUCAUGGGGCACGUUUAUAUGCCAGUGCGCCGAUGGAUGGUCAGGACUGGAUUGCUCGCAGAGCGUACCGCCGGCAUGGAGUUUCAACGGCGACGGCCAGCUCGUUUUCAGCCCUAUCCUUCGGCCGAUCCAGCUUCCUUGGGAGACCCACUUUUACAUCAGAACUCAACAGCUGGACAGCUUCAUCCUCGGCAUAUCUGUCGGGCAAAACUCAUCAGCAUCUUUCACCGUUGUAAACGGGUAUUUGAGAUAUUCGAUAGACUCGGAUCAUGUCAAGUUGACGUCUUGGAGGGUUGCAGACGGCAAGUGGCACCAUGUGACUGCAUCUGUUGCUCCAGGUGGUACGGCAGUUCUCAUGCUGGACAAUACAUGGAGCUCGACGAGUGCUGUAAGAACGAACCCUCAGAAACAGUUAAUCGGGAAGCUGAACGUUGCCAUGGAGCCUGGCUACCAGUCGUUCAUCGGCUGCAUCAAAGACAUAAGGCUCGGCUCGUGGCAGGGCCUCCAGCUCGUACAGAACCCGACUACGGCCACGGGUGUCGGUGAAGGGUGCGACGAUGAGGCCAAAUGCCCCGACACGUGUCCGCCGAACCGUCACUGCCGUCUCUCCGAUCUCUCCGCAUCCUGCACAUGCAACACAGGUUAUGUCGGCGAAGAAUGCGAGAACAUAUGCUCGUUGAACCCGUGUGAAAAUGGCGGUCGUUGCUUCAACGACAGGGACUCGCCGGUCGGAUACAGCUGUUCGUGCAAUGGCACGCAUUUCACAGGGGAUUACUGCGAAAAUGAAAGAAUGCUCUCUUGCCCUUCGACUUGGUGGGGCCAGCCCAACUGUGGCCCGUGCAACUGCGACAUUUCAAAAGGUUAUUCCCCUCAUUGCAACCAGACCGACGGGACAUGUUACUGCAAGGAUAACUAUUACUAUGUAUCUGAAGAAAUAGGCUGCAUGCCUUGCCUGUGCUACGCUCUAGGAAGUAAGUCAUCGUCAUGCGACCAAGUGACUGGGCAGUGUGAUUGCAAGGAGAGUGUAGUCGGUCAGCAUUGCGACCAAUGUCCGAACGCUUACGCCCAGGUCACGCAUUUUGGAUGCGAAGUUGUAUAUGGCGGUUGUCCCAGAAGCCAAUACUCGGGUAUAUGGUGGGAGAAGACGGACUACGGUGCUACUGCGACGGUUUUGUGCCCACAAGGAUCAGUCGGGAAGGCGACGAGGCUCUGCGAUCGCGCUCUCCCUGGCUGGAGGGAUCCAGACAUGUUCAAUUGCACGUCGAACGACUUUUAUCAACUCCGACGACUGUUGAACCAGUUGGAGACUGGAGAUGUUUCGCUCAACACUUAUGUCUCUACGGAGACUUCGAAAUCUCUUGCCAAUGCUCUCAAUUCUACAAAAACAGGCCGUGGAAGACUUUAUGGGGCUGAUGUCCUCAUCGGUGUCGAAUUGACGAUGAGACUGCUCCAGUAUGAAUCCGGUCUGACAGGGUUGGCUCUCAGCCAUGUCCAGGAUGCCGGAUACAUCCAGCGUCUCGUCUGGACGGUGGGUGAGCUUCUGUCUGACCGUACUGCCCGCUACUGGCCCGAAGUGGAGCAGAUAACGAACCAACCACCGAAUCACCUUCAUACACUCUUCACCCUCUACAUGACCACUCUUACAUCCAACAUGAAAGACACAUACACGCAGCCUUUUGAGACGAUCUCCGAAAACAUGGUUUUGGGAUUGGACACAGUGAGCUUAGACAGUCUCUACGGGUAUGAGGUCAUUUCAUCGCAGUCCGUCAAUACACAGAUGGCUGGUUUCAAAGAGACGGUCAUAUUGCCAGAUACCACCAACAUACUUCAGCCGCCUUUCCAGGCAGCGAGCCUUGUCUCUAGAUCCGGCGGCAACGCAUCCUCCCCCACUGUCAUGUUUCCCAAGUACAACAACUACUUGAAAUCUGGUGUCAAGUUCGAUGAAUACUCUCGCAUUUUGAUACCGCUUGAACUUCUCGGCAUUGGGAACGUUAACCCCGGCGAGGUGUCGAUACGAAUGCGCGGCUCUGCCCAAACCUCGGCCACCCUUGCCUAUGCCGUGUACAGAAACGGGGCGACUUUCUUUCCCAACAGGUUCGACCUGACGGUGACGACUCGCUGGGGUGUAGCUUUACAGCUCGGCUCGUCCGUCGUUACAGUUGUCGCAGCAAACGGCGAAGGUUCUGUACUAUCUUCAGGGUUGAAAAGCCCCAUCAGGAUUCAACUCUGGCUCAACCAAGCGGUCAAAUCUCCCCGUAGCAACCCGCAGUGUGUCAGAUGGACUCAUAUCAGAGGCUUUGGAGAAUGGACGAGGGCAGGAUGCGUGACGGAACUGCCCGAAGGCGACUGGUGGAAGCACAGCAUCGUAAUUGUCAACUGUACUUGCAAUACACUUUCAACACAUGCUCUUUUUGUCGAUCUUGUUGCCGAACACUACGUUCGAGAGCCUACGGAGGCUGAGGAGGUUUACACAUGGAUCGGGCUUUGUGUUUCGAUCUGGUGUCUGGCGACGUGCGUACUCAUAAUCGAGUUGACGUCUCGCGUCGGCAAGGCGAACCAUUCGUCGAUCCAAGGGAACUUCGCUAGCUGUUUACUCGUCGCUGCUCUUCUCUACUUGGGUGCGAGCAAAGCCUCGCUCACGUCCCACCUUGUUUGGUGCAAGUUGGUUGCCAUAGGUUUGCACUACGUAUGGCUCUGCUCGCUCAUGUGGUCGCUGAUCUAUUCAAUCCACCUGUAUCGUAUGCUAACACAACUCCGUGACGUUAACCGUGGCCCGAUGAUGCACUACUACACUCUUGGUUAUGCUCUUCCCGGUAUCAUAGUUGCUCUUGCAGUUGCGGUACGGCCUGAUCAGUAUGGAAACUAUUAUUUCUGUUGGAUUUCGAUACACGAGUCGGUGAUAUGGAGCAUGAUAGGGCCAGGAGCGGUGAUAAUAUUUGUAAAGCUUGUUAUACUAUUCAUGUCCCUUAAGGCGGCUUUCACGGUAAACCAGAAUAUUGUUGCGUAUGGAAAUUUGCGCACGAUGCUUUGGGUGAAUGUCGGCUGUCUGCCAUUGCUUGUGGCAGCCUGGCUGGCUGUUUUGGUCACAUCGUCGGAGCAUUCCCCGAUGGCGACACUUUGCAUGGCGGUAUUGUUGCCGUUGCACAGUGCCGCUCUUUUGGUCUCGCAGGCCGCCACGAGCCCGACGUUGCGUCGUCUUGUCCUCCGUCUCACUAAUGGGAAGGUACCACCUUCGGCUGACGCCCCAGAGCCGUCGCCUCCACCUCGCUCUGCAAUGGCAUACCGGCCGGCUGGAGCUGGUACUUCAGAGACGGCGCGCCGCCACUUGGGCAUAUCCAAUUCCUCGACCACUUCAAGGUCGACAACGAAAACCUCAAGUAGCCCGUACAGAAGUGAUGCGCAGUUGCGCAACACCUCCACGAGUACGAGCAACUACGAGCCUUCUCAUGAAAGACGGGUCACCCACACUUCCGAGUCUGAAUCUGAGGGUUCGGAACACAGCCUCGAACUCGCAUCUUCGCAUUCAAGCGAUGAGGAGGCGUCUAGCAGGCGUGCUUCGACGCUGACUGGUCAAAGUGGGCGUCCGUCAAACGGCCAAGGGUCCAAAAGGUGGCCGCCGCCUAACGUCGUCUCAUACCCGCCGCAGCUCAACAUAGACUCAGAUCUCUUCAAAGCAGUCUAUGCGACGGCCAGAAAUGACGAAGGGCUGCCGCAUCGUUGGACGUCGUCUACUAUAUCUGACAACGAUCUUGGAGGGCCGGUGAACAACUACCACAUGCAGAAUGGUAAUGACGUCAAAAUCGGGAAUGUCUAUUCCGACCAAGAGGACAAAGCGAGCCUAGGCGACAAGUACCUCUUCCCUUAUACAGCUGAAGAAGACCAUUCGCUCCCGCCGAGGGCGUACAACGCCAACCUGCAGCCUUGCCUGCCUGGUUACAGUGCUGCUCUGCCUAGCUCACCGAGCCCGCUCGCCAUGCACCAUGAGUACCUCUACCCAGACAUAUCGGAGAACGAGGAGUAUGAGGUCGGUCUCAGUAGAAACGGUGCCUGGAUUUUGUAUUUUCUUUUCAUUUAAAUUUAAUUUUUUUAAAUUUUUUUUCCAGGAAGGCUACGAGUGAAACGCACGUCUGAUCAUGUGUCUUGUUCACGCUAAUCGGGUUUUUCACAGGCUCCCAGACUGAAAGUGCAAUAUGCUUUUAAAACACAUAUAUAAUUUUUUAUUUAAAUCUUGUGACUGUAAAUAUCAUCUUUAAGGUCUCGGCUAUUUGUAAAAAUGACAUAGUUUGGUUUUGUAUGGAUGUUUUUGAUAUUUUUUAUAUAUAUUUUUAAAUGUAUUUUGUCAGUUUCAGAUCCCUAAGUUUCUGUUACCAACUUUGAAACAAAAGAUAUAGAAAAGGCCAUGAAAAUUUUUUUUUAAACGUUACAUUCCAUUUUAAAAGGUUGUGAUUUUAUAGGUUAUAAAAAAACUUAACUAACGUAAGUUUUUUAUUUAAACUUUUAGCUUUAGUUCUUUAUGUUUCUAUGUGUAUGUGUAUUUUUUAAACUAUGUAUUGUGACUUUUUUGUUCCGUUAAGUUCGGAGUGCGUGCCAAUAAUAUCUGAAAAGCCAUAACGAAUAUUUUCAACGCAAAAACAAAAAUAUUUAUUUAUGUGGUUAUUAUAUAAUUAAUUUAAUGAUAAUGAUAAUAAAUUAGUUUUUACAGGGAAAUUGUAAAUAAGGAGAGCUUUUCGUCAUGUCGCCAUUUUUUUAAAUUAUUUUUUAUUUUUAUUUUUGUCUAUUUUUGUAUCGCUUUUCAGCCGAAGGUCCGAGGGGUUUUUUAGGUUGUGCCUAGUUGUUCAGUUUUUCGUGCCCCCACCCCACCCCACAACCCCCCCGGGCCAAUGCGUUUUUGUAAUUUUUCUAUCUCAUUUGUACGUAUA